GGGGAUUAGCGCAGCGUCGGUGCCCGGUGUCUCUUUUAGACAACAACAAACUCAAGAGUGAAAAGCGUACACGGCAGAAACCCAUUUGCACCCGCUAGUCCUCGGCCAGUGUCAGCAUCUCUCCGAGCUCUGUGCUUCUUCUCCAUCCAGACCCCGGCGUUCAAGCAUGUCUCUGUCCGGCUCGCAGACACCAGAAGACGGACUCUACGGCUCCUGGGUCGAGCUGGAGGAGCUGAUCACAGCCGUGAGCCGCAGAGAGAGUCCUGCAGGGCCGCAGGACAGCGUCUCCUCCACCCUGCAGGGGGAGCUGGAGAGGAUCCUUCUGGAGGCACAGCUGGAGUGUGAGAGGAGUAGAGACAGUCCUACGCAGGAGGGGACUCCACGGUCCACCGGUUCCCCGAGACCCAGUAGUGAGCAUGACAGUGACUGUAUCACCAUUCAGGAGGAAACUGAGCGGCGAGGUGACACUGACUGGGUGUGGGAUUGGUCCAGUAGACCUGAAAAUAUGCCACCAAAAGAGUUUGUGUUUCAGCACCCUAAGCAGCAAAGCUCCCUCAGCGUGAGGAAGACUGAGGUGAUGAAGAGAGGAAUCUUCUCCUCUGAUGUUUUCCUCAUCCUUGUUCCCUCUCUGCUGGCUUCACACCUGCUCACACUUGGAGUCGGGAUCUACAUAGGAAAGCGUUUGGCCGCUUCUACAACUAGCACGCUGUGACGUCGGCUGUAGCCCAGUUCCCCCCUUCGCUAACAGUCCGGCCAUUAAGGUCGGACUGUUAGCGCACUAAUAUGCCUCCUUCCUUCUCCAUCAUGGGGCAACCUUAGGACCCUGCCCGCCUGUACCUCCGUCUCUCUGUCCAUCUGUCUACCCAGCAGCACUCUGCCAGUCUGUCUCUCUGUCAGCCUCUGCAUGUCGUAGAGCCCAGACCAAUGAGUCAGGCUGAGGUCACUUUUACUCUCCCGGAGAAUAACACUGAUCUCAACCAGCAUGAUCAGAGAGGAGAGAUAACCCAGAUACAAGAGAAAGGAGAGAAAGAAUUUUAGCCAGCUAGAACAAUAAAUCCCUUUGAUUGGAGGAGAUGAAAACGGUGAUUUGGGAACCGUGUGUUCGGACGAAGUGAGAAAGAUAAGAUGUGGCAGCCCAUCGCCCAACCUUCGAAAAAAGCAAAAUAUCUGUCAUUUGUCAAAAGUAAUGACCUUCUGUAACACUGAGCUGCUGAAAGCGGUUCUGGAGUUUUAUCCUGCACUGAUGGUGUAUCUAACGUAGAGACUUUUAGUUGGCUGAGUGAAUGUAGGAGUGGCUCUGGUUGUGCUUUUUGUCCUGUAAACCAAUUCAAUAUUUGACCACCGACAAAGACAAUCAUGAUCCCAUUAAACUUCACUCCUCAAAACCUUUAAUGUGCCUCUAGGGUCUUUUAUUCUUCUCUUCCAGUCUCAUCCUGCCAGUUUUCGCCGGACACAUGUUCAUCUCGUUUAAUAAAUGCAGGGAAAGUGAAGCACUUUUAGCAAGAUUUACUGAAUUAGGCCUGGGCCAGUAAUUUAUACUGUAUGUGUGCAGUGUAUUUUUAGUUUUUGUCUGGAGAUUAUGUGCAGGCAAUCAUAUAAAACUAAAAGGAAACACUUUGACAACCCACUCUGUUGUUGACAAAAUGCAAAUGAACCUGAGCAUCUGUUUAGAAUUUAUUCCCUUUUCCAUAUGAGGUAAAUUACUGAAAAUCACUCUGUUGAUUUGUCCUGAUAAGCUCUUUGAUGUGCAUUUCAUUCGUGUUUUUUAAACCUGAUCUCCACCAGAAAUGACUCCAAGUCUUGUCUAACAUGACAUCACACCAGCCUGUCUCUUUCCAUCUGUCGUUGUCAUUCUUUACCUCACAAAAGUCUUUUCUCUUUUUUAUAACAAGCUGCUGCUUGACCAGUCAAGGAUUUGACAUUUUAUUGGUUUCCCAUAAACCAGAAAG